CACUGUGACACUUGCGAGUAGUGUGUAUGUACUUAUUAUUCUGCUUACAAUUGCUAAAUCUCAACUCAACACUUGGAAAAUCUGGUCCUCUUCUCCCCGUCCUCCUCUGGCUGCCUCCCCUGAAAUUUGAUCUCCUCUCACCAAGAUUGGACCUUUUGCGGUAUCAUAUUUUUUUUGGGGGGGGGAUUACUUUUUGGUUUCUCCAAAUUUCAUUUUCGCGCAUAAAUAAUUUAUGCACUACUUACUGCACAGGGCUUCUCUUGCUUUUACCCUUUCCAUCCCGAAACCAUUCCGAUCUCGUUUGAAACAGCCCAUCUUUGUCUUCAAUCACGAUUGAGCUCCCAGGGUCUUCCACUUUUUAGUAGAAUAGCUCUGUUUGUACCUGCAACUGGGGCCAAAGCUUGCACCUUUAAAGACUUGUGCUUUGAAGCCUAUGCCUUGAUGUUGUUUGCUGACUGCCUGAAUCAUGUGAGAGGCUAUUCGUCCUCUUCCUCUCGCUAUUGUUGCUCUUUUCUUUGCUUUUCUGAAUAGUAUAAUUGUGAGGUAUCUCUACGGCUGUUUUUGUGGUCGUUUAAGCAUAAAAAAGAGCUUCUUUUUUUUUCGGGUGGGAUUCUAAUCUCAGGUUUAUAGGUGUAGGGGAGCUUUGGGGGUGUAAUGGAGCAAGGUUUGGGUUCAGAUUCAGUUCCUCCAUCAGGGUCUAUUGAUAAGUCUAGGGUGUUGGACGUAAGGCCUUUGAGAUGUCUUGUCCCAAUGUUUCCUUCCUCUCCUGGCAUGGGCUCCGUGUCAAAUCCCCAAGCUACACCUUUUGUUUGUGUUCCUCCAACUGGUCCUUUUCCACCGGGAGUUGCACCCUUGUACCCAUUUUCUGUUUCUAAUGGCUCUCAUAAUCGCCAAAACACCACCCCUUCUGGUGCACCCAAUCAACCGGGGCUUUAUGGCUUCGGUAACACUACGAUUCCCUCUCCUGUUCCACUGAAUGCCUUUAGAACUCCACAAGGUCCAUCCGCUAAUGGGGAUGCUGGACCUUCGAGGAAGGGCAACAAAAAUCGCGCAAUGCAAGGUAUAGUCAUAGAAGAUGAUGGUUACAGUGAUUCUCAAAAUCAGAGUGAGCUGUAUGCGAGUGGGUUUAGCAUGCAUGUGAAUGAUGUAGAAGAUGGGAGCAGUGGAAGGAGGCAAAAGAAUGGUGGUUCGCAAAAGAGGACCAGGAGAGCUCAGCAGCACCUUGAUUCCUUCUCAGAGGUUGAUGUGGAUUCAGAGGCUAAUAGAUUCCUCACUACGUUUGGGCUUGUGGAGUUGGAUCCUGAUAGAAAAUCUAAUGGUGAUAGGGAGAUUGUGCAACGUAUACUAUUGGUUUUUGAUCUGCUUAGGAGAAAACUUACCCAAAUGGAAGAAGCAAAAGAUGCUACUCCAGGAUCUACAAGGCGCCCAGACUUGAGGGCCGCAACAACCUUGAUGACAAAUAAAGGGAUCCGGACAAAUAUUAUGAAAAGGAUCGGUCAUGUCCCUGGGGUUGAAGUUGGUGAUAUUUUCUUUUUUAGGAUGGAGCUGUGCCUGGUAGGGUUGCAUGCUCCAAGUAUGGCUGGGAUUGAUUAUAUGAGUGUUAAACUUACCUUGGAUGAAGAACCUCUGGCAGUCAGCAUUGUAUCAUCUGGAGGAUACGAUGAUGAGGGUGAUGAUGGAGACGUCUUGAUUUACAGUGGCCAGGGUGGAGUCCAAAGGAGAGAUGGUCAGAUGUUUGAUCAGAAGCUGGAAAGAGGCAAUCUUGCCAUGGAAAAGAGCCUGCAUCGAGCCAAUGAAGUGAGAGUCAUUCGGGGCUUGAAAGAUGUUUCUGGUUCAACCGGAAAGAUAUAUGUUUACGAUGGCGUUUAUAAAAUCCAAGAAUCGUGGACUGAGAAAAAUAAGUCUGGCUGCAGCGUUUUCAAGUACAAAUUGAGCAGAGUAGCUGGCCAGCCUGCAGCCUUUACAUUGUGGAAAUCUAUCCAGCAGUGGAAGGGCGGAGUUACUUCACGGUCAGGAGUCAUACUGCCGGACUUAACUUCAGGGGCUGAAAGUCAACCUGUUUCUCUUGUUAAUGAUGUUGAUGAUGUAAAAGGACCUGCUUAUUUCACAUAUAUUCCAAGCCUUAAGUACUUGAAGCCGUUCUCUUCACCUAAAUCUUUUACAGGUUGCCAUUGCCUUGGUGGAUGUCAACCCGGUGAUUCUAAUUGCCCUUGCAUUCAGAGAAAUGGAGGCCAUGUGCCCUAUAGUUCAAUUGGAGUCAUAAUGAGUUACAAACUUUUGAUACAUGAGUGUGGCCUGACCUGCUCAUGCCCUCCUAAUUGCCGGAAUCGAACAUCUCAGGCCGGUCUGAAAGUCCGUCUUGAAGUGUUUAAAACAAAGGACAGAGGUUGGGGGCUUAGGUCUUGGGAUCCAAUCCGUGCUGGGGGGUUUAUUUGUGAAUAUGCAGGAGAGGUAGUUGAUGCAUCUAGGGUAGGUGAGCUUGCGAGUGAACAUGAAGAUGGCUAUGUUUUUGAUGCUACUCGGGUAUAUGAACCAGUGGAAAAUGUGCAUGAUGCUUCAAGUGAGUCAGCAAAAGCCCCAUUUCCACUUGUUAUUAGUGCAAAAAAUAGUGGGAAUGUUGCUCGCUUCAUGAACCAUAGCUGUUCACCAAAUGUUUACUGGCUGCCAGUCUUACAAGAAAGCAACAACGAUUCAUAUCUCCACAUUGCUUUCUUUGCUAUCAGGCAUAUACCUCCUAUGCAGGAGUUGACAUUUGACUAUGGGAUGAUUCAAUCUGACCAAGCAAGUUAUAGGAGGAAGAAAUGCCUGUGUGGAUCGGCAAAGUGCAGGGGUUACUUCUACUGAUGAUCAGAGUGGAGUACUUUUACUGAAGGUAGUCAUAUUGCUAGUUGACGGGAGGAAAGAUUUUGCAUGUACAUGGACUGUGCGAUCUGCUGGAGCACAUUUUGUUGAACUCUUUAGUGUAUUUGGCAGUGCAGGUAUGCGGUUCAAAAAGUCUAUUAUGUAAUGUAGCUCAGAGUCUGAGUAAAUCUUUGUAAUUUGUGUAGCUGUUCAAUGUACAAUGUACUUGUAAUUUAGCAUUGGAGCAUGCAACCCAAUGAGGUGGAGCUCUCUCUUGUUGUAAUUUAUGUUUGGCCAGUCUUGAACAUCAUACUUGUGGGGCUUAUUUAUUUUAAGCUGUUCCUUGUUAUC